AUGAUCCUGUUGUGGGUUACACUGCUUCUCCUUCACCAGGGAUAUAUGCUGACUCCAGUGACCACAGUUCAUCUUGGUGAACGUGCCACCUUCACAUGCAUUUUCUCUAAUAAAGAGUUGAGCAGCAAAAAACUUCACUGGUACAAGCAGAGUGCCGGGGAAACUCUGAAACCUAUUGUGACACUGUGGAAAUCUACACAACCUCAGUAUGGACCAGAUGUUUCUGAAUCACGAUUGGAGGUACAUUAUGAGAAGAAUGUUAGCAACCUGACCAUUCUGAGGACAACCAAAGAAGAUGAGGGAAUGUAUCACUGUGCUGUAAUGGAGUGGAAUGAUAAUCAGUGGAGUGGGACAUAUUUGUUAGUAAAAGGAAACACUCAGAGGACAUCAAACUAUACUGUUGUUCAGCAGCCAACAGUAUCUGAUCCAGUCCAUCCAGGAGACUCUGUGACUCUCCAGUGUUCAAUCCUCUCCGACUCUGGGAACAAGAUGUGUCCAGGAGAUGACAGUGUGUUCUGGUUCAGAGCUGGAUCAGAUAAAGCUCAUCCAGACAUGAUCUACACUGAUGGAAGAAGACAUAAUGAAUGUGACAAGAGAUCUGACACUCAGAAGAGUUGUGUUUAUCGCUUCUCUAAGAACGUCAGCUCCUCUGAUGCCGGGACGUACUACUGUGCUGUGGCCACAUGUGGGGAGAUAUUAUUUGGAGAUGGAACUAAACUGAACAUUGAAGGAACCAGCGUGUGGUCACAGAAGGCCAAUACAAUUAUUUUCUCGGUAAUCUCGGCCAUAAGUGUGAUUGUUACAGCCGUCCUCAUUUACGCCAUCAACAGAAACAAUGCUGCUGUUGCCGGCCAAAAACACAGUGAUGGUCAGAAAAUUCCACAGGUAAAAAACACAAUGGAUGCACAGCUGAUCAGAUCUUUGAGACAGAGACUGUUGGUGUUGGAGAGGAUGUGA